GAUUUCACAGGUCUCUCCAAGUUAGUACCUGAGAAGAUGAUGAUCACACAUAUGUGUCAUUUCUACAUUACCAGACUUGGGCUUCUUUUUCUGAUUAAUAUUCUCCCUGGAACGACUGGCCAAGGGGAAUCAAGACGACAAGAACCUGGGGACUUUGUAAAGCAAGAUAUUGGCGGACUCUCUCCUAAGCAUGCCCCAGAUAUUCCUGAUGACAGCACUGACAACAUCACUAUUUUCACUAGAAUCUUGGAUCGUCUUCUGGAUGGUUAUGAUAACCGACUGAGACCUGGACUUGGAGAUGCUGUGACUGAAGUGAAGACUGACAUCUAUGUGACCAGUUUUGGCCCUGUGUCUGACACGGACAUGGAGUACACCAUUGAUGUAUUUUUUAGACAGACAUGGCAUGAUGAGAGACUGAAAUUUGAUGGACCCAUGAAGAUCCUUCCACUGAACAAUCUCCUGGCUAGUAAGAUCUGGACUCCUGACACCUUCUUUCAUAAUGGCAAGAAAUCAGUGGCUCAUAAUAUGACCACACCGAACAAGCUGCUCAGACUGGUAGACAAUGGAACCCUUCUCUAUACAAUGAGAUUAACAAUUCAUGCUGAGUGUCCUAUGCAUUUGGAAGAUUUUCCCAUGGAUGUGCAUGCCUGUCCACUGAAGUUUGGAAGCUAUGCCUAUACAACAGCUGAAGUGGUUUAUUCUUGGACUCUUGGGAAGAACAAAUCUGUGGAAGUGGCACAGGAUGGUUCUCGCUUGAAUCAGUAUGACCUAUUGGGCCAUGUUGUUGGGACAGAGAUAAUUCGGUCAAGUACAGGAGAAUAUGUUGUCAUGACAACCCAUUUUCAUCUCAAGCGAAAAAUUGGCUACUUUGUAAUCCAGACCUACUUGCCAUGUAUCAUGACUGUGAUUCUGUCACAAGUGUCUUUUUGGCUCAACAGAGAGUCUGUCCCUGCCCGCACAGUCUUUGGUGUCACCACUGUUCUCACCAUGACCACCUUGAGUAUCAGUGCCAGAAACUCCUUACCUAAAGUGGCAUAUGCGACGGCCAUGGACUGGUUCAUAGCCGUCUGUUAUGCCUUUGUAUUUUCUGCACUGAUUGAAUUUGCCACUGUCAACUACUUUACCAAGCGGAGUUGGGCUUGGGAAGGCAAGAAGGUACCAGAAGCCCUGGAAAUGAAGAAGAAAACACCAGCAGCACCAACAAAGAAAACAAGCACCACCUUCAACAUUGUGGGGACCACCUAUCCCAUCAACCUGGCCAAGGACACUGAGUUCUCCACCAUCUCCAAGGGCGCCACUCCCAGUGCCUCCUCAACUCCGACAAUUAUUGCUUCACCCAAGGCUACCUAUGUGCAGGACAGCCCUGCUGAGACGAAGACCUACAACAGUGUCAGCAAGGUUGACAAAAUUUCCCGCAUCAUCUUUCCUGUGCUCUUUGCCAUAUUCAAUCUGGUCUAUUGGGCCACAUAUGUGAACCGGGAGUCAGCGAUCAAGGGCAUGAUCCGCAAACAGUAGAUAGUGGUGGUGGCCCGGCAACCAGAGCACUGCAUACCCCAUGAAGCAUCCAGGCAUCUAAACCCCUGGGCUCCCC